AUGUUAAGUAGAGUUGGCAUAAGCAGGAGUCCGUUGAUAUUAGGCGUUUUUAACGUGAGAACGCUCAUGGUAUCCAGUAUGUUAAGGAAUAAUGAAGUGAAAUCAUCUUGUAAAGCUGGGACAGUAUUAAACUUGAAGAUGAGAAAAAGUGGUGACGAGCCGGUUGCAUUGGAAGACCACGAAUAUCCAGAAUGGUUAUGGGAUUGUCUUGAUAAGGAAAAGUUGGACCAGAAAUUAAAAGAAACGGAUUUCAUGAAAUGGAGGAGAAAACAAAUAACUAAGGCCAACACAGCCAAAAUUAAUAACAAUAAUUUCCUAGCUAAGAUGAAAUAA